GGUAACCAUGCAACGUCAGCGUGCCGAUUAAUAUUAAUAAAUCAAGCGUUCGCCAUAGUAGGAAUCGUUAAUUUUGCCUGUGUAGUAGGGUUGCACCCCGUUACACGUCACACGCGCCUUCGUUACAGGGUGAAGAUACAGGCAAUGUCACACAGCCCUGCUCAUCAUCACGACUAAAAAUUCACCGUAUCUUAUAAACAAUUAUUCCUGACAUCAUUUGGAAAAAUAAAAACUGAAUCGCACUGACUGCGGUGUAGAGCUCUGUGCUCUAGACGCUGCUGUCCAAGGUCCUGAACUUCUUCAGCCCAGCUUCACUCUACUACAUGCGAACAGGCAGGUCCUGACAUCCAGUUCCAGCACUCUUUACAUCAGCGCACAACUUUGAACCAUGGAGGAGGGUUACAGAGACCGUUCGGCCUUCAUUAAAGGUGCUAAGGACAUUGCCAAAGAGGUCAAAAAGCAAGCAGGUAAAAAGGUGGGCCGCCAUGUGGACAGGGUGAGCGACGAGUACACCAAACGCUCUUAUACCCGCUUCGAAGAGGACGACGAUGAUGAAGAUUACCCCGUGCAGGCCCAGGACGGCAGCUACUACCGCAGCAACAGCAGGGCCAACGACGACGAAGGGGCUCACAGCGACUCCACAGAGGGCCACGAUGAGGACGAUGAGAUCUAUGAGGGCGAGUACCAGGGCAUCCCCAGAAACGACUCCGUUGAGAAGGCCGACAGACAGGUGGGCGGAGUGGGACAGUCUCAGUUCCGGGACAAGACGCAGUACGAGGCGGAGAGGAGGAAGGACCAGGAGGAGCUGGCCCAGCAGUACGAGACCAUCCUCCAGGAGUGUGGCCACGGCCGCUUCCAGUGGACCCUGUACUUUGUGCUGGGUCUGGCCCUCAUGGCUGACGGCGUGGAGAUCUUCGUGGUGGGCUUCGUACUGCCCAGUGCUGAGAAAGACAUGUGUUUGUCUGAGCCCAACAAAGGGAUGCUGGGUCUAAUUGUGUAUCUGGGUAUGAUGGUGGGUGCCUUUGUGUGGGGAGGUCUGGCUGACAGAAUCGGCCGCAGACAGACUCUUCUUAUCUCUCUCUCCAUCAACAGUGUCUUUGCUUUCUUCUCCUCCUUUGUCCAAGGAUACAGCUCCUUCCUGUUCUGUCGUCUGCUCUCCGGUGUGGGGAUCGGUGGCUCUAUUCCCAUCGUGUUCUCAUAUUACUCUGAGUUUCUGGCUCAAGAGAAGCGUGGUGAGCACUUGAGCUGGCUCUGCAUGUUCUGGAUGAUUGGAGGCAUCUACGCUGCUGCCAUGGCCUGGGCCAUCAUUCCCCACUAUGGCUGGAGUUUCCAGAUGGGCUCAGCCUACCAGUUUCACAGCUGGCGAGUGUUUGUGCUGGUGUGUGCGUUCCCAUCCGUCGCUGCUAUCGCUGCGCUGACCACCAUGCCAGAGAGCCCACGCUUCUUCCUGGAGAACGGAAAACAUGAUGAAGCUUGGAUGAUUCUGAAGCAGGUCCAUGACACCAACAUGAGGGCCAAGGGCUACCCGGAGAGGGUUUUCUCCGUCACCACUAUUAAGACGGUGAAACAGAUGGAUGAGCUGGUUGAUAUGGGUGGAGAGUCCACAGCCUGGCAUCAGCGCUGGAGGAUCAAGCUGACCAACCUCUUCCAUCAGGUGUGGAGCAACUUCCUAACAGUGUUUAAUCCAGAGUACCGGAGGAUCACCUACAUGAUGAUGGCUGUGUGGUUUUCCAUGUCCUUCAGCUACUACGGGCUGACUGUUUGGUUCCCUGACAUGAUCAAAUACCUGCAGAAACAAGAGUACUCCUCUCGCACAAAGGUCUUCAUCAAAGAGAAAGUGGAGCAUGUGACCUUUAACUUCACCCUGGAAAACCAGAUCCACCGGAAUGGAGAGUACUUCAACAACAAGUUCUUGAAUCUGAAGAUGAAGUCUAUGGUAUUUGAAGACUCCCUGUUUGAGGAAUGCUACUUUGAGGAUAUCACGUCAAGCAACACCUUCUUCAAAAACUGCACCUUUAUCUCCACCCUCUUCUACAACACAGACUUGUUCAAGUACCGGCUGAUCAACAGCAAACUCAUCAACAGCACCUUUCUGCAUAACAAAGAGGGCUGUAUGCUGGAUUUCAGCGAUGAGAACAACGCGUACAUGAUCUACUUCGUCAGCUUCCUUGGCACACUUGCUGUCCUGCCUGGGAACAUCGUGUCUGCCCUGCUCAUGGACAAGAUCGGACGUCUAAGAAUGCUGGCGGGUUCCAGUGUGAUUUCCUGCAUCAGCUGCUUCUUCCUGUCGUUUGGAAACAGUGAAUCUGCUAUGAUCGCCUUGCUCUGUCUAUUCGGGGGCAUCAGCAUUGCAUCGUGGAAUGCCCUGGAUGUGCUAACAGUGGAGCUGUACCCCUCGGACAAGAGAACUACAGCCUUCGGGUUUCUAAACGCCCUCUGUAAAUUAGCUGCAGUUCUGGGCAUCAGCAUCUUCCAGUCGUUCGUGGGCAUCACUAAAGCGGUGCCCAUCCUCUUCGCAUCGGGGGCUUUGGCAGCAGGAAGCUUCUUGGCUCUCAGGCUUCCUGAGACUCGCGGUCAGGUGCUUCAAUAGUGCAGCGUUCCAGCAUGCAGGUGGCGGCGUUUGAGUUUGAUCCUGUCCGUGAGUGAGCAAUGCUGGAAGCAGCGACACAAAUCCAACAUUUACAGAUAUCUUCAUUCCUCCAAUAUGUGCAGUCGUAUUAUAAUUUCAAUUUAAUUUGAUUUCAUUCAGAUCUACAUGUAUAGAGAUGUUCCCUGCUGAUGUCUCACUGUCUCACAGGAAUAUUGGAAACCCUGUGUGUAUGUGUGUGUGUAGAAAAACUGCCAUGUUAAACACAUUCCAGAUUUGCGUUAUGGAAUGAAUGUGAAAUUUAACAUGUUCAUUUUUGACUUUCCCUUUAAUCUUCAUCCGAGCCAUCACAUGAUUUGAAAACCAUCACUGAGGACCCGUGAAAUCAGUAGGUAGAUAUAUUUGAAUGGACAGUGUUGAUCUAGUGGUGCUGGUGAUGGUUAUUGUUGUUGCUUUACUCUAGUCCGUUGUGUCCCAAAAACAUAAAAAGUGUGUGAUGCCGCAAUUGUCUGCAAUAUCGGCUCAAGCACUCCUCAUUUUGGUUUUCGUAAUUCAAAUUCGGUUGUUUUUUUCAAAAUGUCUCAUUAUUGACGGUGUUGUGCAUGCAAUGAAGCGUGACGAUUCAUAAGAAUAUGCUUGAAGAUAGUGAACAUAACUGAUGAAAGUGCUCUACCUAUGAUUCUUUGGACAUGAUGUAAAAUAUGAGAUAAGUGACAUGAUGGGUUGUCAUUGUAUGGUUCAGUGUGCCAUUAUUCAUAUUUUGCAUUGUUUUAUGCUACUAUCACACUUUCCUAUUGAGAUCCACAGAGCAGUUUUAGUUGUGUCGCUUUUGAAUGUGCGCAAACAUUGAGACAAACGUUACAUUCGCCCCGUUUUCAUACAAAAGUCCAUCGAACGCAUAAGAAAAAACGAAAGGAAAAAAUGAACAAAUGAAGCACAAUGUGAUUUGAUUAAACUGUCAAAAACAAUAGUUUUAUUUUGAUGAUUAUGUAAAUUAUGUAUUGAAUAUAAAUAUAUAAAAAUUAGCUGUAAUUCAAGUCUGUCUGUUUGAACACUCAAACUAUUAUUAAAUAUACAAACAUAUAUAUAAGAAAAGAUAUUUACAUGUUCAAAUGUUGAACUAGUAUCAACAUAUGUUUUAGAUAGAUUCCAUUUGAUGUAUGUAUAUACAGUUUAUCUGUUCAUUAAGGGAUUUCAUUUUUUUAUCAAAGCAAAUAUAUUAAAAAAUGACCGAACAAGUCAAUACACUGAUUUGCAGCACACACAAUCGCCCUCCUUCACGUUUUCUCUUGUGUUCUUGUAAAGAAACAGAGGUAUCCGUCUGUGUGUGGGUAUGUGUGUAAGUAUGGAAGUAUGUGUGCUUGCAUGUGAAAUGUUGAGUGUUCUCUGAAUAUUUGUAUUUAUUUAUAUAACUGUUUAUGAGAGUUUGAUUUUAUAGUAUUUUUUACUUUGAGUAUCUGUAGAAACAGACGUAGUGCCACAUGCAGGGUGAAUUUUUUGCUGUAUCAUUGUUGACCUGAUGUUCAAUUCUUUGGUGACUUGGUAGCAGUAACUGAACAUAGCAUCAAAAAGAAGCGAAAGUCAAAACCCAAUGGAUUUUUAAAAAUAAAGCAACAUUUAAUAUAAUAUCCCAUUAGGACAAACAACUUGUCCAACUCUGCUACAUUUUACCAAGCACAAUUAAUACUAGUUCCAUGGAGAAUCAUGGAAAACUGGUUAAAUAACCAGAUAACGACGCAAAAAAACAAAACAAAAUCAGAGAAGACAAAACCCCACCUGGCUGGAAGCUAUAUUUCAGCCCUGUUGCUCGUAAACACAGCCAGCGCUUACACGAAAACCGUUUUUGGUGUCAUUCUCAACGUUCUUUACUGCCAUUUUGUAGGAUAGCAGCCAUAUUACGUGCUCAGAGUAGACACACGAUCCAACCAACCAUUUUUAGAUUUAAAAAUACUUCAACCAAAGUGGUUACCGAACACAAACUAUUCAUUUUAGGCACAAAUGUAACUUUCAAGCUCUUAAAAUGUUUCUAACAGCCUAUUUUAAUUGGAGAAAGUGGCAUUGUGUCACAUAGUUAAAAAAAAAAAAUUCUAGAAACUGCCAUCCCUGCCGUGACCGUCGGUCACCAGUAGUGUCACAGAUGCUGUAGUGACAAUCUUUAUGUGUGCCAUUUGUGACCGUGCGCAUCUUUAAUUGCCAAAUAUUUUCUACUUCCUCGGUUUGUACUGGCAGAUCUCACAUCACGGCACAGACAAAAAACCCUAAUUUGUAAUACAUCGACGUUCUAGCAGGGUGUGGAAUCUGAAAAGAAUCUGAAAAACAAAGUUUUGAGGCUAUAGACAUAUCUCUCAAUCAGGUGUUUUACUCAGAUGGGACGCACUUCAUGCUCUUGCAAAUGUUUCAAACGAGCCGAAAGCUGGUUACAAUUUAGGGAAGGCUUGAAAACGAUAACUAUUAAAGAUUUGGUUGGUCAGUAAACUAGAUAGGCCUAAUUGUUUGCACGCACCAAUCAUCUUAUAUAUAUAUAUAUAUAUAUAUAUAUAUAUUGAACUUCUUUGACGUCACUUUCAAAAUGGCCCAUCGAAAACAUUUCCAAACAGUCCUGCAGUUCUUCACAUCUCCAACGUGUAGCUGUUGUUCCCUUCAUUGAAUUACAGUGAGUAUGUCAUAAUUGCUGUUGUAUGCUGUGAAUUACAGUAACUAAUCUCAGUGAAGCUAUGACUUAUCUGUGUACAAGCAGUCCUGGAUUUGGUCCUCACUUAAGAUUGUGUACUGGUUGUAAGACUUUUGGGUUUUGUUACAGGGUCUUUUGUAUUUCUAAACGUGUUCACUUAGCAACAAUCAAUCUUGUGUGCAAAAAGCAAAAAUCAAAGCAAUAAGUGGUAAACAUGUUCGCUCUGCCUCCAAACUAUUGGGCAAGAAAGCACACUAAAAUAUCCGCUGGCCAUAUUUGGUGAAACAGCAGCUGAAAGAAAACAACAGGCCGACAUCCGUGUACUCUACAAAUAUACCAUAGGUCUUCUGAUGCUUUUGUCAGUUUCAAUGUAUUGCCAUAAUUUAAAUGUGACAGAGAGUUUAUCACCUUAUCAUUGUACUGUGCUGUAGAGAUUGUAGAUGUUUGUAUGUAAAUGAAUAAAUAUGUGGAAUAAUAAAACAAAAAAGAUAAAAAUGUUGAA